AUGCGCGAAAAUGGAGACUUUCGAGAUCCCAAAGCCUACCUCGAGCUUUACAGCGAGGUACGAGACGAACAGGGUAAGUUUCUUGAAGAGAACUUUGUCGACUGGAGACGACAUUCAGACCUACCAAACUCCGUCUUCCUCUCCUGGAAGAUUUCUCUCGAGCAGCUGAAGAAGCGGAGCGAGAGUGCUGUGCUGCUCCUGUCUCUCUUCAGCGUGCUAGAUCGACAAGGCAUUCCCGAAUGGCUACUAGCAUUUUUCCCCAAGGUUUCUCGAUACGACAGAGCGGUUGGUCUCAAUAUGCUGCAUUCUUUCUCAUUCAUCAGCCGACCUGACGCUACCCCCGACAAAAAGAAGUGGCAAAUGCACCGCUUGGUUCAGAUCGCUACCCAUGCAUGGAUCGGAAGGGAUGGUCUCGAACACACACUUCGGAUGGCUAUUCGAAUGCUCGCUGAAGCAUUCAUGGGUCAUUUGAGCGACAUUGGUGAUCGAAACUUGAGACUCCAAAAGAGUCUAGAGUACUACCCGCAUGCCAAAAGUGUGUUGUUUCUCCUGGAUUCUAUCGGUCUUUCCAAUCGUAGUCCUGCUGUCCAAAAAACGUUGAGUUCCUUCGCGAAUGAGUUCUACGGCAAGAAUAAGGAGAUCACUGACAAACUGUCCUGGGCCGUGGACUUUGUUUCACAGUCUGAUUUCACUACGCUAGAGAGCCUGCACCUGUUUGUGGAGGAGCUUACUGGAGAGAGCAACUUCUGGUUCCGAUAUUAUGGUAUUCGUCCAUUGGUUAGCACUCCACUAUAUCAUGCGCUGGUAAACAACACCGAGUCAGAUGAUUUUGAUUCACGUACGUUCACCGAGGUGGAUGGUAUACCGCAACGCUGA